AUGCAAACGGAAGACUUUAUGGUGAACACAACUAAUUCCUCAAAGCGAAAUGCUCCUACGCCUCCAUCCACGGACUGGCUCAUUGCCAUAGCUGCGGUUUCUGGAGCCUUACUCCUAUUAUUUGCCAUAAUUAUCCUUAUCCUGCUCUCCAUCAUCCAUCGACAACGCAAAACACGAGAAGCAGCUACGAUAACUGACGAAAUUGUGCUUGGGUUUGCAAAUAAGUAUGCAGAUUUUUCGGACAGAAGUCGAAGCAGUGCGCCGCCAAUAGAUGAUCAAAGUUGUGCCUCCACACUGGACCCCUGGGGAGCAUACGCUGCUGAGGAUGCAAGCAGUUACUACAGUUCGGUGGCUGUCUGCGAAUGUAGGCGUCAGGUUUUUCAACCCAGCCCCGAUGGCCCACAUGCUGAACUUGGUGCAGCAGCGCUUCUCAAAGAGAUGCCGCAUUUUAAUACCUACCCCCAACUAAACGCGGGCAGUGCGGUCGGUGUAGGCAAUGGUCAUGUCAUCAAACGGCCUCCCUUUGUGCAAAGUGUCAGCUGUAACUUCCCGCGCACCAUUGCGCGUCCAAGGGACAUUCCAGGGUGCCUACGAACCAAUCGGAAAGCACCGAAAUCGCGUGAGGUUGAACGUCUCAUGCGAGAGUCACAGAUGGACUCAGAGGGCAUGAGGUGGUCUAACUGA